UUGCUGCAUCUUGGUGACAGCCUCAUGGCUAACAUACACAAUGUGACGGAAUUCAUUUUUCUGGGACUUUCUCCCAAUCAAAAGGUGCAGAGGGUUUGCUUUGUGAUAUUUCUGUUCUUGUACACAGCAAUUGUGCUGGGGAAUUUCCUCAUUGUGCUCACUGUCAUGACCAGCAGAAGCCUUGGUUCCCCCAUGUACUUCUUCCUCAGCUACCUCUCCUUCGUGGAGAUCUGCUACUCCUCUGUGACAGCCCCCAAACUCAUCUCGGAUCUGCUGGCUGAAAGGAAGGCCAUAUCUUGGUGGGGCUGCAUGGCACAGCUUUUCUUCAUGCACUUUUUUGGUGGCACUGAGAUAUUCCUGCUCACUGUGAUGGCCUAUGACCGCUAUGUGGCCAUCUGUAAGCCCCUCAGCUACACCACUAUCAUGAAUCAGCAGGUGUGUGCUGUCCUUGUAGGAACAGCCUGGGUGGGAGGCUUCAUGCAUUCCUUUGCCCAAAUCCUUCUGGUCUUCCACUUGCCCUUCUGUGGCCCCAAUGUGAUCAAUCACUAUUUCUGUGACCUGCUUCCCCUUCUAAAACUUGCCUGCUCUGACACCAUCCUCAUUGGUCUGCUGAUUGUUGCCAAUGGAGGGACCUUGUCUGUGAUCAGUUUGGGGGUCCUCUUAGCAUCCUAUUUGGUCAUAUUGUUCCAUCUGAGGGCCUGGGGCUCUGAGGGGCAGCGCAAAGCUCUCUCCACCUGUGGGUCUCAUGUCACUGUGGUUAGCUUGUUCUUUGGGCCCUGCAUCUUCAUCUAUCUGAGGCCUUCCACCACUCUGCCCAUAGACAAGGUGUUGGCUGUGUUCUACACGGUGAUAACCCCGCUCCUGAACCCUGUCAUCUAUUCCCUGAGAAAUGCUGAAAUGAAGAAGGCCAUGAAGAGGCUGUGGAUUAGGACACGGAGACUGAAUGAGAAGUAGUGGCUGAGACUUGGUAUUGAUGCUUGGGUUCAGAACGAUUGCUGAGUCCCAACUGAAGGCGCAGAAUAGGUUGAAGGGAAAGUUCACAGGACUUGUUAGUUCCAGAUUAUUCUGCCUGGCCUCCCUCUUUUAAAAAAAGUUUGUAUAAUAUUUC